AUGUGAGAUCAUGUUACGUUCCUAUGCAGCUCAAACGUCAGUUAUUUUUCCCAUUUGAGGACUGAGUUGAACUGAGGCUCAGAACAGUAUGCAAAAUGGAGAGCAUCUAUGAUAAUGAUGAUCUCUUUCUUCCUCAGACGAGUUUGCCUGGAACAAAACCAGAGGAGAAUCGGCGUCCAUCGCUGGAUGAGUCCAUUUACCUGACUCCUGAUUUGUCAGAGACAAAUAAGCCCUUAACCCUCCCUGCAGGUCACCCUACGACUCUGGGUUCCUCAUAUCCUGGUUCUCAGGACAAGACAGUUAGAACAUAUCAGAACCCUAUGGCAUUAAAGGUUCUUCUUGGCAUAGCUGCCUUGUGCUUGGGUUUAACCCUGGCUGGUCUUGGUACUUUGGGACAUUACUACUUGGAGAAACAGAGCCAGUUUGACCUGCUGAAGGCACAGCAUACAAACAUCUCAGAGCAACUCAGAGUCAUAAAAAGUCGGGGGUGCACUCCAUGUUCAGAUGGCUGGAGGAGCCACAGCGACAAAUGUUAUUUCUUCUCCUUUGACCCGAUGAACUGGACACAGAGCCGCGACGAGUGUGUCUCAUAUGGCGGCCAUCUUGUGAUCAUUAACGAUCGGGAGGAGCAGAUAUUCCUCUCCUCUGAAACCAUGGAUACCCAUUGGAUCGGCCUGAAUGAUCUGGAACAUGAGGGACAGUGGGUGUGGAUGGACAACACCCCGCUCACCAGAGCAUCUCCACAGUACUGGUAUGAGAGGUCCUAUGCUAAAGAUGAACCAGAUAACUGGCUUACGGAUGAUUUGCUUGGACAGGAUUGUGCUUGUCUCGGAGAUGGAGAAAUCCCAACUAAUGUUUGGUUUGAUGACAACUGCAAGAAACUGAAAAAAUAUGUGUGCGAAACUCUUGCUGCCAUACAAGAUAGGUAUAAUGUUUGCUAAUGAUGUAUUUAAAUAAAUGAUCAUUCUCCCGGAUAAGGCGAAAAAUUUGUAUUCAUAACAAGAAAAAAAAUAUUGGAAUGUCAUACAAAGACAUGUCCCAAUAAACCUGGAUUAAAAGUACAGUUUACCUGUCCAGUAUUGUGCGACCAUUGUCAACAACUAUACACUAGGUGGCGACAGAGUACACUUUAUGCUGAGGCAUGUGAACUUUUUUGGACAACUACUCAUUCAUACAACUAUACACUAGGUGGCGACAGAGUACACUUUAUGCUGAGGCAUGUGAACUUUUUUGGACAAAUCACUUACUAAAUGUGUGUUUACAUGUAAUUGAAAUCACUUUAAACAUUG